CAUUGGAUGCGCUCCACGCACUGACGCGAUGUGGAAAGUAGUGAUGUCGGAGGAGGUCGGCAAGAAAGUGCAGGCUGUGGUGGACCGGGUUAAUCAGGCGGUUACCCGACGCCCCAAGACUUUACCCUGUGUGGCACCUCGACUCGUAGCUGUCAGUAAAACCAAACCACCGGACAUGGUGGUAGAAGCUUACAAACACGGGCAGAGGAACUUUGGAGAGAACUAUGUAAAUGAACUUGUGGAGAAAGCCUCUCACCCACUGAUUUUAUCAUCAUGCCCUGAAAUUAAAUGGCAUUUCAUUGGACAUCUACAGAAGAAUAGUGUUAAUAAACUCCUGGGUGUUUCAAACCUCUACAUGGUGGAGACAGUCGACUCAGUAAAACUGGCCGAUAAAGUCAACAACUCCUGGCAGAAGUUACGGCAGUCCAGCACCCAGAGGUUAAAGAUUAUGGUUCAGAUCAACACCAGCGGAGAGGAAAGUAAACAUGGCCUGCACCCCAACGAGACUGUCAACACAGUCAAGCACAUCGUAUCCCAGUGUCCUGCCCUGGAUUUUGCUGGACUCAUGACUAUUGGCCGCUAUGGCUAUGACCUCAGUGAAGGCCCCAACCCAGACUUCCAGUUGCUGUUAAAGCACCGGGAGGAGGUGUGUGAGUGUCUGAAGCUUCCGGUGGAACAAGUUGAGCUCAGUAUGGGAAUGUCUGCAGACUUUGAGCAUGCGAUUGAGGUUGGCUCCACUAACGUCCGCGUGGGUAGCACCAUUUUCGGAACUCGGGAAUACCCGAACACUCCCAGCCCCAGCCCAGAGAAGAAGUCAAAGGUCGUAUCCGAGGAAGCAGCGAAAAAAAUGCAGCAGCUGACCGUCACAGAGCACUAGCUGGAGAUGCACGUGGAUGGGUAAAGAGGACUUUACACGCACUUCAUAACAUCGAAUUACCCAGCUCUAAGACCCAGACUCUUCAUUAAUGCUCUUCAUCUCUUAAGAAAAUGGUCAGAUUGUGAAGAUGUAUCGUACGUGUAGGUGGUGUACAAGUUCCUAUCAAAUAUAUACUGUAUAUCUGUAUGAUUUUUUCAUACUUUGAUAUUUUGUUCAGCAAAGAUAAAGAUAAUUAAUACUAUCCCACACACUAUUUGGAUUUCUUGUUAAAAAAGGUAGUUAAGACCAAAUUAUUGUAAGUGUUCUAUUAUUGUUUUUUUGGUUAACUGGAUACAAGGCCCAGAUUAUAACCUUAUUUUCUUAAUCAUUUAGUCUUUAAUCUUUAUUUUUUUAGGUAAAUAUUCUGCUUAAGAUGUUUGAAUGAACUGUGGAUUAAGAGAUGUGAGAGUAGACCGCUCUCUGUUUAGACUGAAACAGAUCCAGCGUGAAACUGGAAGUGUCCAUGUACAGUACUGUUCAUGUUUUGUCUGUCGCUGUGAACACUGUGAUAAUUGGACUGGAUUUGGUUAUGAUGAGGACCACCUCCAUUAUUUUAAACAAUAAUACCAAACUAGGCUUUAUAUGGGCCUCUGUCAAAGCCCAUAUAGGCUAACCUGUGUAGGAGAGUUACAUUAACAACUUUGAAAACAAACAGGGGGAAUAAGACAAAUAAUAAAACAGCUCGUUACUUGGGAAAACUCUUGACGCGCUGAAGCAUUUUACUAUGCAGUAGUAACGAUGGUUGUAUGUUUUAUUUUUUGUAUUUUGGAUUAUUAACAUUGUUGAAGAAAACAAACUAGAUAGUGUUUGUGAACUGCUGUGAAGGGCAGAUGGGGAAUCGCAGUAUUGUGUGUUUUGAUUACAUGUAGUGUGUAACACAAGCUUGUACCUGGUCUAAAGGUGGUUGUAAAUAAGCAAAUUACUUAAUUUGUGGAAGUGAGUUGAUGAGCAAUAAAAAAAAAUAAAAUACUAACGAGAA